AUGCGCACCUCAGUCCUCCUAUCGGCCCUGGCUAUCGGCAUUGCUUCAGCAGCUCCAACGGCUCCAGUUGCACCCGAUAGCCGCUAUGAGAAAUUUGCCGUCCAGGUCGGAGACCGUCCGUAUUUCUUGGUUGAUAAUAUGGACGAGGGGCCGCUGAAGAGCAAGCUGCAGAGCUGCAAGAAUCAAGAGUCCAGGAUCAGCAAGUUUGCCAUCGGCCACCGUGGCGCGCCUCUCAUGUAUCCAGAGCAUACAGCGCAGUCGUACCACGCUGCGGCCCGACAAGGUGCUGGAGCUAUCGAAUGCGAUGUUGCAUUCACGAAGGAUAAACAGCUCGUGUGUCGACACGAUCAAUGCGAUCUUCACACAACAACCAACAUCCUCACGGUUCCCGAACUCGCUGCAAAAUGCACUACGCCCUUCACACCCUACGAUCCUGUAACCGGUACCCAGGCCACAGUCAAGUGCUGCACAUCCGACUUCACGCUUGCGGAAUUCAAGACCCUCUGCGGAAAGAUGGACGGCUUCAAUCCCAACGGCACCACCGUCGCCACUUAUAUGGAUGGCACGGCUUCUUUCCGCACCGACCUCUACUCAACAUGCGGCACUCUCAUGACGCACAAAGAAAGCAUCGCUCUCAUCGACUCCUACGGCCGCGACUUCACGCCCGAGCUCAAGACGCCCGGCGUCCCGAUGCCCUUCGACGGCUACACGCAGGAGCAGUACGCCCAGGACAUGAUCAACGAGUACAAAGCGGCCGGCAUCGACCCCAGCCGCGUGUGGCCUCAAUCCUUCCUCCCCGCCGACAUCUUCUACUGGAUCCAGGCCGAGCCCGCAUUCGGCCGACAAGCCGUGUACCUCGACGAGCGCGUCGAUACGCCCGCCGGCUACGAGAACGCCACGGCGUCCAUCCCGGCCCUCGCCCAGGCCGGCGUGAAAGUCCUCGCGCCGGCCUUCUUCGCCCUGACCAAGCUCGACGCCAACGGGACCAUCGUGCCGUCCGAGUACGCUAUCGCGGCCAAGGCGGCCGGUAUGCAGAUCAUCGGGUGGAGCUUCGAGCGCUCCGGCUUCCUGAACACGGGCGGCGGCUACUACUACGACUACGUGAGCGAGGUCAUCAACAACGACGGGGACAUGUAUACUGUGCUGGACGUGUUAGUGAAGGAGGUAGGCAUGCUGAAGAUCUUUUCGGACUGGCCGGCGACGGUUGUCUAUUAUGCGAACUGUAUGGGGUUGGCGUAG